GUGGUUGUUGAACCGGAUGUUCUAAAUCCUCAAUGUGACUUACCGUGGUCCGCAGUGUUGUGUUUUCAUGCUGUGUGUGGGCAGUGGAAGAGAGUCUGCAAGAUGUUCCUUACCACCGUAAACUUGGCCAAGGCAAAGUCAAACCACGGUGAUCCUACCCGGCGUUUGUCUCCCGUCAGGACCGUCCUGGUGCAGAUGAUGAGCGCCGCGGGCACCGGCUACUUCUUCAACACCAAGAGGAACCGUCUCAAAGACAAAAUGGUCAUACGCAAACACGAUCCACUCGUGAACAAGCAUGUCUUAUUCUUCGAGAAAAGGAAGAUCCGAUCAAUUUAACAAUGCCCAAAAGUAUAUGGACAACAUGGACCUACAAGGUUUAAACAGACGAUUUCUAUUGUUUUGGAUUACACAAGGUGUUUGUCAGUCAACAUUCGUGGUCGGCCGACCUAUUUGUGUUCAGAGCAUUUCUUCUUGGAUCGGUCCGAAGGCCUCUGCCCUUCUCACUGCACCAGUUCAUCACGAUGCAAACCCGGACCGAGCUUCGACAGUCAUUAUUUCCCCCGAAUCACUCAAACUACUGCUUGUUUAGUAAAUUUAUUUGAAUUCAAGAAAUAUCGUUUGUGUCAAUUAUGUACAGUCGACCACUUUCGUGUUAAGAUGCUUGUCAAUUAUUAAACCGUUUAAAAAUGA